ACGCGACUGGACGAGGAAAACCUUUGAAGUACCGCCCGUCGACAUUAACCGGUGUGUCUUGAACACAAAAUCGAACGCUCACUCUGCAACGCGGGAAACGCCGUUGUGUCGCUUUAGUGUUUUUUUCAAACCAGCAGCCGCUGUCGCGCCAAUCCACAUAUUUUACGGAUAUUAUUAUCAACGGGGUCUACAAAUGACCCUUUUUUCUCUUUUAGCUGCUCCGUGCUGACCUCAGAUAGUUUAUCCUCAGUGAAAAUUCAGCCUCAAACCCGUGGUGUGUCCGGUGCGGAUGAAGAAGCCUUGAGCAGCAGUUACUUACAUGGUUAUGUACGAGGUUUGCUUCAGUAGCCACUCAGCAGUUGUUAGCUUCGACACAAAGAGCUAAAAAGCUAAUUGCCCAAAAGACCUGUUGCUGGUACGAAAUGGAUACGUUUCAGAAAGUAGAGAAGAUAGGAGAGGGCACGUAUGGAGUGGUUUACAAAGCCAAGAACAAAGUGACCGGAGAAACUGUUGCUCUGAAGAAAAUCAGGCUGGACACGGAAACAGAGGGUGUACCAAGCACAGCCAUCCGAGAGAUAUCACUUCUCAAAGAACUCAAUCACCCAAAUAUUGUCAAAUUACGGGAUGUUAUCCACACCGAGAACAAGCUUUACCUUGUUUUUGAGUUCCUUCACCAGGAUUUAAAAAAGUUUAUGGAUUCCUCCUCACUCACUGGUAUCCCACUGCCUCUAGUUAAGAGCUAUCUGUUUCAGUUGCUGCAAGGCCUGGCCUUCUGCCACUCUCAUAGGGUUCUCCAUCGAGACCUGAAGCCCCAGAACCUCCUCAUCAAUGCCCAGGGUGAGAUCAAGCUGGCUGACUUUGGCCUGGCAAGAGCCUUCGGAGUACCUGUCCGUGCAUAUACACAUGAAGUGGUAACACUUUGGUACAGAGCACCAGAAAUUCUCCUGGGCUGCAAGUACUAUUCCACAGCUGUUGACAUCUGGAGUCUUGGAUGCAUCUUUGCUGAAAUGGUCACCAGGAGGGCUUUAUUCCCCGGUGACUCGGAGAUAGAUCAGCUAUUCCGAAUCUUUCGCACCCUUGGCACGCCUGAUGAGACCAUCUGGCCUGGAGUCACAUCCAUGCCUGACUACAAGCCAACCUUCCCCAAGUGGGGUCGGCAGGAUUUAUCAAAAGUGGUGCCUCCUCUUGAUGAAGAUGGGAGAGAACUGCUCGGAGAAAUGCUGAACUAUGAUCCAAACAAAAGGCUGUCUGCCAAAAACGCUCUUGUGCAUCGAUUUUUCCGUGAUGUCUCCAUGCCACUUCCUCAUCUCAGACUCUGAGUUGUGCAAAAUAACAGGCUGUUUUAAUGCCAGCUAUAUCUAAGCAAUAAAGACUGCCUCACCAUGCUUCAGGUCCAUGACUGGAAUGGACAGAAAAAGUGGACACUACAGGAUAUAUCGGAUACUUCAGUAACUAAAACCAGCCCUUGAGAAGCAAUUUGUCAUGAGAGUUUUGCAAUUUUCAUGUUUAUUAUAGUUUUGAGGGUUUAACUGUAAUUUCAAUAUCAUUAUUUUUGCAUAUUUAUAUGCAGCUGCCAUAUUUGAUGUAUUUAUGUUGGGCUUUGAGUCAGCGCAGGUUGAUAGACCCAUUCAGUUUGCAUGUGAUUAUAUUUCAAAAUUUUAAUGGUAUGCUGUCUUCAGGGUGUCCAUAUUGAAGUAGUAGGUUAUUUAGAAUUAAACAUGAUUGAACAAGUUUGUGGGGUAGUGCAAAUAACAAAUAGCAUACUGAGCAGCUGAUUAAGGUGGACUGAAGUCACACAGCAGUUGUCAUCAGCUGACAUGAAACAACUGAAAGAACAUGAGAUGACAGCGGUGUUUUUCUUGGUUAGUUUGAGUCCCGGUUAUCUUGAAGUGAUUUUUUUUUUUUUUUUUAAUGCACCUUCAUUUACUUAAUGGUGGGGAUUCAGGUUUGAUGGCAGGGUUACUCACCAGCCUCAGUUGGAUAUAAAAAUGUCCCAAAUGUAUUAUAAUUCAGAUUUUACAUAAUUGUUACCUUUUUCUUACUGUCAAUUUUAAACCAUUUUUAUAAGUGUU